AUGUGAAUGUACUUAUUAAAUCUUUGAAGAACCAGUAAGGCACUAAGUCACUAACCGUUAAAACAAGAAUUAUUGGGGAAAUCACUACCACUCCUUACACCUCCGCCACCUUCUUGUCCUCUGCCCCACUCCCACCCCCGACCCCUAUGACAUCUGCCAUUGUUCUUCUUCCUCUUCUUCUUCAUCUUCUUUCUCAUUCACGAAUCAACCAUCAACCUCAUUUAUUAAUCUAUGGUACAUGGGUUCUUUAAGUGAGCUUCUAGCCAAAGAAGGAUUCGUACGUGAUAAUUUCAAUCGCAAAAAGGUCCGAUUCAAUAGAACAGUAGCAGCUCCUGAUCAUGACUCCAUUUCUUUGCCUAUUUACAUCUGCCGUGACCGGAAGAGCAUCGACGUUCCAAAGCACAAGAAGAGCUCAUCGGUUGUUUCAUCCAAAGGUCGUCUUUCAUCGGCUUCGAGAAGAUCGGAUGAACCCGCCAUUGAUGAAGUUGCUACCAAAGCUGUGAUUUCGAUUUUGAGUGGGUAUGCUGGUAAGUACUUGAAAGACAAGGAUUUCCGAGAUUCGUUGAGGAACAAGUGUCAAUCGUGUUUGGUGAGGAGAAGCAAUGGGUUGUCGGAUAAUGGGGUUUUCGCUAAUAUGGAAUUGGGGAUCGAGAGUAUUGAGAAAUUGAUUGAUAAUCCAGGGACGAUUAAGGAAUUGAAGAUGAAAGCGUUGAGGAAUUCAAUUGGGUUUUUAACGAUUGUUGCAGCUUUGAAUUCGAAAGAAUCGAGACAUGGCACAACAUGUGGAACUCCAAAUUCACAUCUCUCUGCUUGUGCGCAGCUUUAUUUAUCAAUCGUUUACAAGCUUGAGAAGAACGAUAGAAUCUCUGCAAGACAUGCACUCCAAGUGUUUGUUGAUUCGCCUCAAUUAGCUAGAACUCACUUGCUACCAGAUCUUUGGGAGCAUUUCUUUCUUCCACAUCUCCUCCAUAUCAAAAUUUGGUACCACAAACAAAUCGAUAACCUUUCUGAUGAUUGCUCGAAGGAUCAAGAAGAACAAAUUAACAAUUUGAGCAAGAUUUAUGAAGAUCAUAUGGAUAUGGGUACGAUUCAGUUUGCUCUCUACUAUAAAGAAUGGCUUAAAACAGGUGGUCAACCUCCUGCUACACUUCCUUCUGUGGCUUUGCCUUCAAUCAGUUUAUUAUCUUCUUCAUCUAGUCGAAGAAGAAGGAGUUCAUCCUUUGGUAACUUUCUACAUCGAGCUGUUUUUGGUGCUCCGAUUGAGAAACAAGCAUCUAUGGAGUCUGAUUAUGGAGCCAUGGAACAAAAGGAAGAAGAAGAAGAACUUUGUUUAGAUGAUUAUGAUACCAACCAACAAAAGAUUGUUCAAAGUACACUCUCCGAUCUUCGAAGUUCAUCAAGCAAACCAGACUACACGCGAUUUCUUCCAUGUCAAACCUUACAAACAGAAUCACGAUUCACCAGAUCUUCUUCAAUCGCGUCUUCAUCAUCUGAUCUAACCAGAGCCAUUUCCUCAAUCACCACCUCCGAAAAUUUACCCGAAUGCGAAACCGCGAUUCGUGUCAUAACCAAAUCAUGGCUAGACGAUCAAUUAAUCGAAAAACAACUAUCCCAUCCAUCAGUAAUCGAAGGUAUGCUCGAAGUAUUAUUCGCAUCUACCAACGAAGAAAUCCUCGAACUCGUCAUCUCCUUAUUAACCGAACUCGUUUCGAAAAACCCUGCGAACGGGAAGAUCAUCCUAACCCUUGAUCCACGUCUCGAAGGGUUCACUGAACUCAUGAGAAACAGUAGCCUGUUCCUAAAAGCAUCGAUUUUGCUCCAUUUCGUGAAACCUGAAGCGAAACAGAUGAUUUCCACCGAAUGGAUCCCGUUGGUGCUACGAGUGCUUGAAUUCGGAGAUCAAACACAGCAAUUGUUCAGCGUUCGGUGUAGUCCUCAAAUCGCGGCGUAUUAUUUUCUCGAUCGGCUUCUUACGGGGUUUGAUGAAGAUCGGAAUCUGGAGAAUGGAAGACAAGUGAUUGCGAUUGGAGGGUUGAGUUUGUUGCUGAGAAGAAUGACGAAUGGAGAUGAUGUUGAGAAGUGUAAAGCGGUUUCUGUGAUUUAUUGGUGUAUUCAAGCCGAUGGAAGGUGUCGCCAUUAUUUGGCGGAUAAUUUGAAUCCGGAGCUCAUUCUUGCACUCUUGGUUCGUGGUAAAGAGGUCGAUGGCAAAUUUUGCAAUGAGAUUGUGUUCUCUUUGCUUGUCGAGUUAAUCUGCCUCCAUAGAUUUGAGCAAAGAACGAAACUUUUCAACAAAUUAUUGAAGGGAUUGGAUUGCUUGAACACUAUGCAAAUCUUGUUAGUUUCUUUACAAAAGGCUACACAAGAAAAACGCCCUCUAAUUGCUACUAUAAUGCUUCAGCUUGAUCUUUUUAUGGGAGAUCCACUGAAGAGUAGUGUAUAUCGAGAGGAGGCCAUAGAUGCAAUAACCGAAGCUUUAGAUUGUCAAAUAUGUAAUGAAAAUGUUCAAGAACAAACAGCGAAAGCCUUGUUGAUAUUAGGAGGCAGGUAUGCUUACACAGGCACACCAGAAGCUGAAAAUUGGAUCUUGAAAGAAGCUGGUUAUGAUGAGAGCUUGGAGGGCGGCUUCCAUGGUAGAUACUUCAUCGUCCAAGGAUCCAAACAUUUGAAUGAAGACGAUGAGAUAGAUCAUUGGCAAAGGAAAGCUGCAAUGGCAUUAUGGAUUAGUGGUGGCGAAAAGCUUAUAAGGGCAAUUGGGGAAUCGAUAGGUUAUGGGAUCCCGUGUUUGGCACGUGCAAGCCUUGUGACAGUUGCUUGGAUGAGUAAAUUUGUUCAUACGGUUGGUGAUGGAGAUGUUCUUCAGAGUGCCGCAUUGUCAACCCUAAUACGGAAGUUGAUAGAUUCGUUGAAUCGUGAUAAUACGAUUGAAGAAAGAGUUCUUGCUUCGUUUUCAUUACUCGCUCUUUCCAAGAGUUCAGGUUUUAUGUUUGAGAUUUCAGAGGAUGAGAAAAUGGCAAUGGUGGUUCAUCUUAGAAACAUAUCGAAGGUGACAUGGACUGCAAAAAGACUGGCUUCUGUAAUAACAGGAAGCCCAUCAAGAAGGCAUUCAGGUGUUUAACAAAGGCUUGCUCAUUCAAGCUGAUUUGGUAUAUAUGAGUGUACAAAAACUUAUUGCCUCCA